CAGAGGCCGUUAUAUUAAUUCUAGUUAUAUGAUUAAAACUUAAUGUUGUAUCGUAUCAAAAUUUACAUUUUCCUAAUAUUAUAAUAAAAAAUAAUAUAAAUUUUAACAAAAAUAAAACUAAAAAAAUCAGUAAAACUUUUGAAUAUAAAUUUUAAAUGGUGGUUCCAACUUGUUAAGUCUUAUCUCGUGUUUCAUAGGCUUUUUUAAAAACUUCAACUUAGAUCCACUCCUACUUUUACCUAGCGCCAAGUAUUAAAUUGAUAAAAAUUUUUUCCAAAAUUGCCACUAAUAAAACGUAUUUCGUAAAAUUUUCCGUCAAUUAUAAAUACAAAAUGGCCGACGAUGGAUCGGCUGAAGUGAUGGACGUAGAUGAUGGAGAAAAGGUAAAUAUUGAGGAGGGUGAAAGUCCUAGAAGAUGCGCCAGUACCUACGAGCUGCCCUGGAUCGAGAAAUACAGGCCCGUCCUCCUGAAAGAUGUCGUCGGGAACGAGGAGACGGUGAGCAGGUUGGAAAUUUUUGCUCAAGAGGGGAAUGUGCCUAACAUCAUUAUAUCUGGACCUCCAGGUACUGGCAAAACAACGAGCAUAUUAUGCCUGGCUCGCACCUUAUUGGACGGUUUUUUUAAGGAGGCGGUGCUUGAACUGAAUGCGUCCAAUGAUAGAGGCAUAGAUGUAGUGAGGCAUAAAAUAAAGAUGUUUGCCCAGAAGAAGAUAACACUCCCCCCAUCAAGACAUAAGAUUAUCAUUCUAGAUGAAGCCGAUAGCAUGACAGAUGGCGCCCAACAAGCCUUAAGAAGGACGAUGGAACUCUACUCGAAGACCACGAGAUUUGCUUUGGCUUGCAAUUCCUCUGAGAAAAUUAUAGAACCUAUCCAAUCGCGUUGUGCUGUACUCAGAUACUCAAAGCUAACAGACCAACAGGUCCUAGCAAGAUUAUUAGAUGUAUGUGAACAAGAACAGGUCAGUCACACAGAUGAUGGAUUGGAGGCCGUCAUUUUCACCGCUCAGGGAGACAUGAGACAGGCGUUGAACAACCUGCAGUCCACGUACCAGGGGUAUGGUCAUAUUAAUAGUGAGAAUGUUUUCAAGGUGUGUGACGAGCCGCACCCGCUGCUGAUCAAGGACAUGUUCAAGCAGUGCAUGGCUGCCAAUGUUGAUGAGGCCUUUCAAGUUGUCAAUCAUCUUCAUAACUUAGGCUACUCGGCAGAAGACAUAAUAUCAGUGAUAUUUCGAGUUUGCAAAACACACCAAGACAUACCUGAAUACCUGAAGCUUGAAUACGUCAAGGAAAUAGGAUUAACCCACAUGAGAAUAGCACAAGGCCUCGACACUGUACUUCAAUUAAGUGGACUUGUUGCUAGACUAUGCAAAAAGACUCUCAAAAAACCUAUUAUUAAGUAAUUCUAUUAUUACUAUAAUAAUAAUUAUUAUUUUAUUAUUAUUAAUAUUUUAUUAUAAUUAUUAUUAUAAUAGUAAUUAAUGUUAUAAUUACUACAUUUAUUUAUUUUUUUUUGUAAAGAACAGUUUUGAAUGUUUUAUAAGCAAAUCAAUAAAAAUUAUUUUUGGCAUUCGU